GUGUGUGUGAGUGUGAGCAGGCUAAGUUGACAUGAUCAGGAGAGAACUCCAGCUCCAGCCUACCUUUGCACCACAGCCACCCAGCAGAGCCAGAAAGACACCCGACGACAGAGACAGACUACCGUAGGCCAGGCAACAGGGUCCAGGUCCAUCUUAUUUGUGUAACAGCCACCUGUCAGAGCCAGAAUUGGAGACAGACUACCGUGGGCCAGUCGUCAGCCAGGUGUGCAUGUAUGAUGGUGCUGCACCGGGUGAUCCAGGCAGCCCGUGCAGGCGAUCUCUCAGCCCUGAGGAAGCUGUCCUCCUCUGGGUGCCUCACGGUCUCAGCCUCCAUCACAGACGCCCAGGGGGCGGGCCCGGUGCACCACGCCGCUCGCUGCGGCCGCCUGGAAUGUGUGCGCUACCUGGUGGUGGAGGUGGGGCUGGCGGCCGACGCCCGGGCCCUGAACAGAGCCACGCCCGCCCACGACGCUGCUGCUACAGGCCACGCCCGGGAACUGCAGUGGCUAGUGGACCAAGGGGGUUGCAAUGUAGAGGACCAGGAUGCAGCCGGGGCGACAGCGCUCCAUCUCGCAGCUCGGUUCGGACGGGUGGAGGUCGUCCAUUGGCUGCUGUUGGUUGGUAGCGUCGCCGAGGAGACGACGGACUGUGGGGCCGUCCCCGCCCAUUACGCUGCUGCCAAGGGAGACCUCACCUGUCUGAAACUACUGGUCCACCAUGCACCUGGGUGUGUGAACCGUCAGACUGGCAUCGGUGCCACCCCUCUGUACCUGGCAUGUCAGGAGGGCCACCUGCACGUCGUGGAGUACCUGGUGAAGGACUGCGGGUCAGACGUCCACCUCAGGGCCCAUGAUGGCAUGACCGGCCUGCACGCUGCUGCACACAUGGGGCACCAUGCCCUGGUCAUCUGGCUGGCCACCUUCACAGACCUUAGCCUGCAGUGCCAGGACAGGGAGGGAGCGACUGCUCUUCACUUUGCGGCCAGUGGAGGGCACCAUCGCAUCCUGGAGAGGCUGCUCCGCAUGGGGGCAAAGGUCAUCAGAGACGACUGGGGGGGAACCCCUCUUCACGAUGCUGCUGAGAAUGGAGAGCUGGAGUGCUGCAGGAUCCUGUUAGCCAAUCAGGUGAGCCCAUCGGAGCAGGACAUAGAUGGGUUCACAGCAGCAGACCUUGCGGAGUACAACGGACACUACGACUGUGCCAGCUACCUCCGAGCCGUGGAGACAUGCAUGAGACAUAAAACCUCCGGCUACCGAGCCGUGGAGACAUGCGUAAGACCCAAAACCUCCGGCUACCUCCGAGCCUUGGAGACAUGCAUGAGACCCAAAACCUCCGGCUACCUCCGAGCCGUGGAGACAUGCGUAAGACCCAAAACCUCCGGCUACCUCCGAGCCGUGGAGACAUGCAUGAGACCCAAAACCUCCGGCUACCGAGCCGUGGAGACAUGCGUAAGACCCAAAACCUCCGGCUACCUCCGAGCCGUGGAGACAUGCGUAAGACCCAAAACCUCCGGCUACCUCCGAGCCGUGGAGACAUGCAUGAGACCCAAAACCUCCGGCUACCUCCGAGCCGUGGAGACAUGCAUGAGACCCAAAACCUCCGGCUACCUCCGAGCCGUGGAGACAUGCGUCAGACCCAAAACCUCCGGCUACCUCCGAGCCGUGGAGACAUGCGUAAGACCCAAAACCCAAAACCUCCGGCUACCUCCGAGCCGUGGAGACAUGCAUGAGACCCAAAACCUCCGGCUACCUCCGAGCCGUGGAGACAUGCGUAAGACCCAAAACCUCCGGCUACCUCCGAGCCGUGGAGACAUGCAUGAGACCCAAAACCUCCGGCUACCUCCGAGCCGUGGAGACAUGCAUGAGACCCAAAACCUCCGGCUACCUCCGAGCCGUGGAGACAUGCGUAAGACCCAAAACCUCCGGCUACCUCCGAGCCGUGGAGACAUGCAUGAGACCCAAAACCUCCGGCUACCUCCGAGCCGUGGAGACAUGCAUGAGACCCAAAACCUCCGGCUACCUCCGAGCCGUGGAGACAUGCCCGUGGAGACAUGCAUGAGACCCAAAACCUCCGGCUACCUCCGAGCCGUGGAGACAUGCGUAAGACCCAAAACCUCUGGCUACCUCCGAGCCGUGGAGACAUGCGUAAGACCCAAAACCUCCGGCUACCUCCGAGCCGUGGAGACAUGCGUAAGACCCAAAACCUCCGGCUACCUCCGAGCCGUGGAGACAUGCCUGAGACCCAAAACCUCCGGCUACCUCCGAGCCGUGGAGACAUGCGUAAGACCCAAAACCUCCGGCUACCUCCGAGCCGUGGAGACAUGCAUGAGACCCAAAACCUCCGGCUACCUCCGAGCCGUGGAGACAUGCAUGAGACCCAAAACCUCCGGCUACCUCCGAGCCGUGGAGACAUGCGUAAGACCCAAAACCUCCGGCUACCUCCGAGCCGUGGAGACAUGCAUGAGACCCAAAACCUCCGGCUACCUCCGAGCCGUGGAGACAUGCAUGAGACCCAAAACCUCCGGCUACCUCCGAGCCGUGGAGACAUGCGUAAGACCCAAAACCUCCUGCUACCUCCGAGCCGUGGAGACAUGCCCCUUCUCAGCAGACCAGCCAAUAGAAGAACUAGGUCCCGUAGAGGAGGAUGUGAGGGGGAGACAGGCUGUGGCGUGGCAGCCCAGUAAAGAGGACUACUACCGUCGCCUUAGCGACCCCGGCCGGGACUACUUCCACAAUAACAACAAAACAAAUAUGGAAAGCUUAAAGCAACCAGAGACAGAGGAGUACCCUCAGGCUCAAUAUCCUGCUCCUCUGCCUGAACCCACCUCAUCCUCCUCUCAACCACAACCAUCUGCCAUCUCCAGUGUGCAACAUGUUAUAGUGGCAUCAACAGUUGUGAAAACUUUAACUCAAAGCAGCGAGGAGGUGAACACUGUCCAUCUGACCAAGGUUUCAGACAAAAACCUCCUGGCUGGUACAAUCAACGGUGUCAAAGGGCUCCUGACAGAAAUGAAAUCAUCAGAGCUAGUAUCAACACGAGCAAAUAAGAUAGUAGCGGAAGAGAUGACUGUUGAUCUCACCAAAGUUCAGCUGGGUGGAAAGAAGCUCCUUUGUGAAUUGAAAUCCUCACCAACUGCAGUAUGUAAGAUGGUGUCGUUUUCCACAGAAGAGGUCAAACCUUCGGAACAGUCUUCUGUUGAUCCGACCCAAAAUGUCCUUGGGAUUGGUGGAAAAAAACUCCUCUGUGAAAUCAAGUCUCCAGAAGCUUCAACAAAUGCCAGUAAAACGGUGGUGAGACAUACAUUUUCGGCAGACGGAAUCAGUCAGAACAAACCUUCUGAAGAAGGUAAGAUACUGGUAAAGGCUGAGGUAAAAACUGUUGAUCUGGCGAAGGCUUCUGACAAGAAUCUCCUGGCUGGCAAAAACCUGCUCGGUGACAAAAAGUUCCUCGACAACAUGAAAUCCAUCACAUCUCUGAAACAGACAGAAAUAUCCACAGUAGCUGUAGCACAAGCAAACAGGAUGGUAGUUCUGCCCACGGAAGAGGCCAACCUAUCAGAUAUUGACUAUCUGGUUCCCACCCAUGACGAGCGGGGUCGGCCAAUCGCUGAGUGGAAGAGACAGGUCAUGGUUCGUCAGCUACAGGCCAGGCUAUUGGACGAGGAGGACCAGAGGAGGAAGGAGAAUGGGAACAGCACUUCCAAAGCGGUGAACUGGAGGUACUCACAGGCCCACAACGCUAUCCUGGGCCCGUUUGGAGAGCUGCUGACCGAGUACGACCUGAUUUACCUGGAGAAGCAGAUCCAGAGCGUGUCCAACCAGAAAAACUGUGAAGGCUAUGAGACAGAGCUAGCUCGCCUGGCUGAGGAGCUCAGGACCAUCCUGCCAGCUCCCAUCGUCAACAUCACAGCCAGCACUCAGUUCAGAAACCCCAACCAGGAGUCUCAGGUCCCUCUGCCCGUGUGGUGCAACCGCAUCUCAGGCAUUGUAAAGAGCAUGUCCCUGCUGAUGGCCAACCUGGCAGACGGCCCGUACUCUAAGAUGCCCAACACAGAGCUAUCCACUGUGUUCUCCCAGAGCCCAGACAGACCCACCUCUACCCGAGGGCGCAGGGAGAAGAUAGAGUCCGAGAUACAACAGUUUGGGGUGUCCGUCCGGAAUCUGAAAUCCAACUUUGAAGGCCAUGAACAAGAAACAGAAGAAGAGGUCCACACGAUGUCAGCCACACAGGAGGAAGGCCUAGGGUCAGAGGUCAGAGGAACACAGGAACAGCCCAAAGAGAUGAACCCAGCCCCCGAAGCUGACCGGAACAGUGACUCAGGCAUAGCCUGCGAUGACGACAUGACCGACGUUAGGGAAACCACCAGUCUACGGAAGGAACGUAUUGUGGUGCUGUUCCUGGGCCACUGGAAGAAGUCCGCCUACACGGUGACCCUGAAGACCAGAGAGGCCGAGAGGAGAGCCAGUGUAGAGGAGGUUGGUGGUAAACCUGGUGGGGCAGAUGGCAGGGGACCACAGAAGGGAUCCCAGAUGCCUCUGGGACAUUUCUUCAAACAGAGGAGUGUCAUCAACAAGAUGAUUGGUGAUUGGAGGAGCAUGAUCUCCAGCGUUCCGUCUCGCCAGAUCCGCCGUCUCCACCGGCAGCAGGCACCAUACUCCCCUGAACAGUUCCUCCCCAAGGUGGACGGGGCGAUGGUGGACUAUGACAGUCUGACCCUUGACCUCUUUAUGCUGGGGUACUUCCACAUCCUGGAACUCGAACUCCCUGCGGACGAGAGGAAGAUGAGACACCUGCUGUGCUUUGAGGUGUUUGACCACGUUGGUCGUUUCACCUGGGAGAGCAUCCGGGAGUUCCACAAGGCCGUCAUGAUGGACAUCGAGGCCGGGAACCGUGAGUGGAAGGACGGCUUCGAGGACAUUAAGGCCAAGUUCUUUGGGAACGCGUCAACGACUCGGUGUGAACUGCCAGAGGUAGAGAAACAACAGUUUCCACCAGAGGUCAGGCCUGUGCCCAUAGUCAUCCUCCAAACCCCGACACCAGAUGAAGGGGCUCUGAUUAAACAAGGAACAGACAUUUCCAGUUUCAGCAAUGAUGAGAUUUGCAAAUACAUAGACAGGAGUUUCACUUUCUGGAAAGACAAGGAGGCAGAGAUUUUUGAUUUUGAGUAGUAGUUGUUUUCACUUUACCUUCUUUUUUAAAAUAUAUAUUUUUUAAAUAAUUGGUAGUCUUCCGAAGUCAAGUUAUAGUUAUGUAGUCUGCUGAUAUCAAGUUAUAGUAAAGGGAUGGGUGUACUGUAAGUGCAUUUUAUUUUGAGUGUGAAUACCUUUGUGUUCUUUGUGAAUAGUUGUAACAGCUCUUAUUAUUUAAAGAGAAAAGUAAGCCUACAGUAAACUUUCCAACCUUAGAAACAGGUCGUCAGAUGUAUAGCAAUAAAGAA